GGACCGAGGGGAGGAGCAGUCGUUGCAGUAACAACAUCCUGGACAUAAGGGACUAGCGGCGCACAUAAUGAAAUAAGGGAGGUGGAAACUAGCUGAAGAUCCCUUCGCGGACAGACCUGAAAUGAUGGACAUAGUUCUAUUAUUCAAAAACUGAUUUGUGAAAGAGUCAUAUUGAAUUCUUAACGUGAGCCGCCGAAUUACCCACAAGCACAUGUGAGAUGAUGCGCAGAGAAACGGUCUGCUACAAAACAGCAAGCUAACGUGAGAUGCCUUUACUGGAAAAGGCGCAGUAUCUAGCAAUGCAGGCCGGUGAAUCGGUAUUAGUGAGGAAACCUAGUAGUAGCAUUUAUGCACGGGCAUAUUAACGCAGAUAUAUUUUUUGUCGCGCAGCCGAUUCGACUGUAAAUACACUGGCUAAUCGAAUCGGCGGGUUAUCCAGCCAUUCUUUGGAGACACCACGGUUAUCAGCGACACAGGCCUGUUGGAAAGAGGCUCUCAAUACAUUGAGAUAUUCAACCCAACUGAUGUUUUAUGCCGCCAGCAUAAUGUAACGGAAACUUUAUUAUUCACUCGGGUAAGAGAAUAUCGUUAUUGAUUAUCGCAACUGAACGUCGUGGGAACACAGUUAGCCUGUUGGCAAUGCGAUCGUCGUUUGGAUUUACAUUUUUCAGUUUGUUGUUUGUUUUUCGAUGUUUUUGAAGGGGAAGCCACUCGUGUCCAACAAUCUAGACAUCUACCCGAUAGCCAGGAAAUCCAGCGAACACACAGUUAACCUCAUAGCGAGUGCAAUCUCGUUGUCUUUUUGUUAAACUUGACGUCUGAAUCUACUAUUAAGGUCCAUGGAUCAGUCGGCAAUGUCGGAAUGAUUUUCACGGAUGAUGAAGAACAUAACAUUAUAACUGAUGGGAAGUCGUGCCUGGAAUCAAGGAGACCGACACGAAUUUGGAAUCUGAGCACACAUUAGCCGGAAUGAGAUAAUAGCGCGGCGUAUGCAAGAUAACCUUGACACUUGUCCCCUCAGUUUCCAAUUAGAAUACAAAACAUGACCACACCGGCUCUCUUGCCUCUCUCGGGCCGCAGGAUACCGACUCUCUCGCCGGGUGCGUCCUCGUUUCCCCACCACAGGGCCACCCUGCGGCUCUCCGAGAAGUUUAUCCUCCUCCUCAUCCUCAGUGCCUUCAUCACGUUAUGCUUUGGAGCGUUCUUCUUUCUCCCGGAUAAUUCCAAACAGAAGCGCUUUGACUUGGGCUUGGAGGACGUGCUGAUCCCGCACAUCGAACCCGGGAAGGAAGGCAAGCACAGCCAGGUCAUCAUACAUGGUCCCGGAGGACACGACGAGCACCGACACAAGCAGGAGGAAGAGAGCCUGCGCGACAAGAUCCGUGCGGACCACGAGCGAGCGCUGCAGGAGGCCAAGGAGAAGCUGCGCAAGUCCAAGGAGGAGCUCCACGCCGAGAUCCAGACGGAGAAGAGCAAGCUGGCCGAGGACCUGAAGCGCCGGGAUGGGGGGCCCAAGCCGCUGCCGCCAGUGCCCCUGCCCAAGCUGCUGGGCAUUAACGACGGAGACCCCGCCGACCCGGACGUCAAGGAGAAGAGGGACAAGAUCCGAGAGAUGAUGAAGCAUGCGUGGGAUAGCUACCGCCAGUACGGCUGGGGCCACAACGAGCUGAAGCCGCUGGCCAAGAAAGGACAUUCCACCAACAUCUUCGGUAAUUCCCAGAUGGGGGCCACCAUAGUGGACGCCCUGGACACCCUGUUCAUCAUGGGCCUCCGCGACGAGUUCAAGGAUGGACAGGAGUGGAUCGAGCAGAACCUCGACUUCGGAGUGAAUGCAGAAGUGUCCGUGUUUGAGGUCAACAUCCGCUUCAUCGGAGGACUGUUGGCUGCAUACUAUCUGUCUGGACAGGAGGUGUUUAAAGUGAAGGCGGUCCAGCUGGCUGAGAAGCUCCUCCCUGCCUUCAACACUCCCACAGGGAUCCCCUGGGCCAUGGUCAACCUCAAGAGUGGCGUGGGCCGUAACUGGGGAUGGGCGUCUGCUGGCAGCAGUAUCCUGGCUGAGUUUGGCACGCUGCACAUGGAGUUUGUUCAUCUCACCUACCUGACUGGAAACCCAGCUUACUACCAAAAGGUGAUGCACAUACGCAAGCUGCUGGCCAAGAUGGACCGACCCAAUGGCCUCUACCCCAACUACCUGAACCCCCGCACGGGCCGCUGGGGCCAACGUCCUCUGACUUUCUAUGUUCAUGUUUUUCUCUCUCUCUUUCCCCCACUCUCUCCCUCUUUCCCUCUCCCUCUUCUCCCUUUCUCUGUCUCUCUUUUCUAUCUCCCACUCUCGUCAGUAAUAAAUGAAUGGACCAACUCUGACUGGCUCAUGGAGGCACAGCAGCAGCAGCAGGAGGAGGAGGAGAGGUUGAGGCCCCAGCUGCUGUUCUCUGUCCCAGGAGACGCAGGGCUGCGUCAGGCAGAGCAGAGCAUGUGGGCCGGGGCUCCAGACAGACAGAUAGAUAGAAGUUGCUUAUCCGCUCUUGUUCAUGCUGUGCAGGCCAUUGAUAAGUACUGCCGUGUCAGUGGAGGUUUCUCGGGAGUCAAGGAUGUCUACUCCUCCAACCCCACCUAUGACGACGUCCAGCAGAGCUUCUUCCUGGCCGAGACGCUCAAGUACCUGUAUCUGUUGUUCUCCAGUGACGACCUGCUGCCUUUGGAGAGCUGGGUGUUUAACACGGAGGCCCACCCCCUGCCCGUGCUGCACAUGGCCAACAUCACACUCCCCGGCAGCGAGCCACAGCGAUAGAGCCGCCGAGGGGACCGCAACACACACACACACACACACACGCACACACACACACGCACACACAGACACACAGACAGACACACACACACAGGCUCACGCUCAUCCUCCACACACACUCCUAUACACGCACUCCAUUCAGCUACCACCCGCUCCACUCACACACAAACGCAACACACUCGCGCACGCACACACGGUGUUCUACGGUCCCUUCUCUUCUCUCCCUCUGAUCUCCAUCAAAGACAGCUGAGAGAUGGAGCGGGUGGAGGAGGAGGAGAGGUUGCUCACGGAGAGAGAGAGAGAGAGAGAGAGAGAGAGAGAGAGAGAGAGAGAGAGAGAGACUGUGUAAGCAGCGCUACGUGAGGAGAGAGAAGGAAGAGAGGAGGGCUAGUGUGUGUGUGUGUGGGGGGGGGGGGGGGGGGGGGCUGGAUUACCAUGGAACUUCCUCUCUCGUUCUGUUGAUUCACUCUCUGUCCUGGAUGGCUACUCUCGUUCUUUCUUUCGCUCACUCUCUCUCGGUCCAUCGUUCUCUCUUCCUGUGUUAGUCUCCCACCCACCGGAAGGACAGAGGGAUCUACGUGCUACGUGGUGAUUGGCUGUGUGUGGCGCUCUCCCUCUUGACUGGCGGGCUGUGAGCCAAUCAUAUGGCUGCCCUCCUCACUCACAGAGUCAGUUUUGUACACCUGACAAGACAACACCCCCCACCCACCCUAUGGACAUGCACAGGGGGCCAAAGGUGUGUGUGUUACUGUGUGGUGUGUGUGUGAAGAGUGAAAGAUUCUGUGUGUGUAUGUGUGUGUGAUGCACUGUGUGUGCAGCAGUUCCACUCAAAUGGAGAGGCUCUGAACGAAAGGACAGUUUCCUGAGGACAAGAGCCAAAUGAAUUGCACACACAGUGUGUGUGUUUUUGUUUUCUGGUUUGGUGUGUGUCAGAUUUGCCUCUCACUCUCCGCUUCUGCGCUGUGGCACCAUGGAUGCAAAGUUCUCUGUUGUUGCCCCCCUAAAAAAAAACAACCCAGACUUCAUGUUGACAUGGCGCUCUCAUGAACUUUGACCCCUGGACAUGGUCACCAGGUUUUAUCAGCUGGUUUUGACUCCCACAAACCCACACAGGCGACCUCCGUAACUCUUCGACGUGGACAGAAGCCAUGGACCAGCAACGAGGCGGGAAUGGAUCAUUCACUGUUUUCCACUUUGUUUAUGUUUUGGUGUAUUUUCUUUUCUUUUCCCUUAUUAUAGUUCCUCCUGAUAUACCUUGGUUUCUAGCAGCCUCUUUCUUUCCUCAUUCUCUCACUCCAUCUCUCUCCCUCUCCUCCUUCUUUCUCUCAUCUCUCUCUCUCAUUGAGUCGUUAGUGUGUAAGCACAGCUGUGGGCUUGUCUAUGUGCGUUCUGUCUGCUGCUAGUAAAACAGAUGUUGCCUCAUAAGCAUACACACACACACACACACACACAGGAGUCACACUCCUCGUAUUUGCCAAUUCAUUCCACACCUUUCCAUUCCACACCAUCCUUCUCUUUUCAGUGAUUUUGUGACUUUUCAGUGACCCUCUCUCUCUCUCUGUCUCUCUCCCUCUCUCUCUCUCUCUAGCUAUCUAUGUCUCUCUAUCUCUCGCUCACUAUCUAUCUAUCUCUCUCGUUCAGGAGUUCUAGGUAAAUAAGGAUGCUCUUCAGAUAGGCGUGCAGGGGAGUUGAUUGACAUGCUGGGCUGAGCUAAUUUAUGCCCCUCAGCGCACACACACACACACACACACACACACACACACACACACACACACACACACACACACACACACACACACUCACUCACACACAUCUUCCCUUCCUUCAUCUUUAUGUGGGCAAGGUCUCUGGGGAGGACACAAAAAGACUUUUGAGUCUUUUCUUUCUUGCUUUUUUUUCUUUUCUUUUUUUAUAAUUUGGAUUGCUGACAUCUUGCUUUGUUCUCUGUUAAAACUGACAAACAAUGUUUAUGAUGGAAUCAUACAAGUGGGAUGUUAAGUUGUUCAGAGCAUUCAUUUUCACAGCUCACAAAGUAGGAAAAUCAACAUAAUCUUUUUCAAGUAGGCCUGCAUAUAAUUGAUUUUGCCUACAUACUGUACAUCUUGAGUUGAAUAAAAUGGGUUCAUAGAUAAUCAUUUUUAAAAAAGAGUUGCUCUAGAAUGUUCUAGAAUAACCACUGGCAAAGUUCCUCGGUCCAGAACCUGUUCCUCAACCUGUCCACUGGCUCCUGAGGCACCUGAACCACUUCCUUAAACUCACCUAUCUUUAGGCUCGUCUCUCAGAUAGCCUUAUUUGGGGUUUUUUAGUCACAAAGCCCUUUGGCCAAUCAUAUCUGAGAAUCCUUUUCCACGAGGAUGUAAAGCUUGAUGUUCUGUGCUGAUUUUAUGUUGUAAACAGCCGUUGUAUGCUCUAAUCAGCUGAUAUGCUCUAAAACACACGGUCUGGUUGGUGGUGUUUCACAGAGAGAACCUUGGUGCCUCCAUAGUCACAGUGAUGGCUAUGACAACGAUGACGGUGGUGGUGGUGAUGAAAAGUAUGGUGAUUGUGGUCAUGGUCGUGAUCGCACAGGGGGCUUAGUAACUCUCAAGAGGAUGGUCAGUGAAGCCAGGCGUGACUGGGCAAUGAGGGGCACUUCAGUAGAAACUCGAGCCCUGGCGCUGUGACUCUUAUCGGGAGUGGUUGCUUUCCUGUUCUCACAGGAGUGCGUCUGCCCUCUCCCUCUCUCCGUGUGUGGGACUGAAGGAGGGACAUCCCCUGGGAAGAAACGACGGAGGGACAUCCCCUGGGAAGAAACGACGGAACUCGCAAGGCCUUCGGCAGAAACCACACACACACACCACUGUUUGACCAAGCCCUAGGCCCACACACACCCUUGAUUUUUUAUUUUUUCCCUCUUGUUUGUUCUUGUUUGAUUUUCCUCUGUUCCACUAAAUGGACGCGUUGGACUAUGACGCGUGCUCUAAGCAAGAGUGUGAAUGACAGACAAAGGACAUCUGGUUCCGUCAAGACCCCUCACAAUCUCUCUCCCUCGCUGCGUUUCACUGCUGCUUUGUGUUUCCGUAUGCAGUGGAUGAGCCGCUCAGAUACUGCCUCUCCAGGACUCUAGGUGGCAGCACUGGCUGUCUGAUGAGUGGAUGUGAAGUGCGAGCUCUGAGGUUGCCUUUGGUCGUCCUCACAUCACUAUGGCGACGCCACCUGCUCUCUGUCCCUGGGAGAAGCCCUGGCCAGCUUAAAAGGCUCUGUUGUCGCCAGGCGGAUUUUGGAAGAAAAAAAAAAAGUUUAAUCAAAGAAAAAACUU